AUGGGUGAACAAAAAGCAGUAAUCAAAAAUGCUGAUAUGUCAGAAGAUAUGCAACAAGACGCUGUUGAUUGCGCUACACAAGCUUUAGAAAAAUAUAAUAUUGAAAAAGAUAUAGCAGCAUUCAUUAAGAAAGAAUUUGACAAGAAAUACAAUCCUACAUGGCAUUGUAUUGUUGGGAGAAAUUUCGGAAGUUAUGUGACGCAUGAAACCAAACAUUUCAUCUAUUUUUACUUGGGACAGCAAGCAAUUCUUCUCUUCAAAUCUGGUUAA